UUUAAUGAGAAAAGAAUCUGGUCACACUGGCCAUAAUUUCAUCAGAAUAAUAUUAACUGCAAACAGCUGUUCAAUUGUUGUUGUUCUUGCUGCAGCUCAGGUGUUUCUCUGUAUUUAUGUCUUAUCAAUGAAAAUGGACAUGGACAACCUCAAUGAUGACUGCGUGUGCAUAAUAAUGGAAUACCUAUCUCUGGUGGACCAAAUAGCAAUGGCACGCUGCUCGCUGCGCUACGAGGAGCUUCUGUGUCAAAUUGUAUGGCGAAAGCCCCGAUUUCGGGAAAUUUCUGUAUCAUACACAAUGUUCGCGCCGCUUAGCAAGGAUGAUUACAUGUACUUCUUUGAACUGAUGAGUUCGCAGAUGGAGAAGCUAUACAUAUGGAAUGUGCACGAGAAGGCCUUCGAUUCGUAUCUGGGGAGACAUCUCAUGCGACCCGAGCUUGCCUUCUAUCUGCGCCUGGAUAUGAGCAAUCUGCUGGAACUGUGCAUCACUGAUGACAAUAUGAACAACAGCAUGGUACAGACUAUCACUAAGAGUUGUCCCAAUUUGCGGAGCUUGAGCGUAUCCAGCGCCUACAUUACAGGAAAGUUUAUGGUUGGACUGCACAAACUAAAAACACUUGUGGCCCGCGAGUGCUCCAUUGAAGCCACACACCUCGAGGAACUACUGGCCCAACUGCAGCUCACCACUCUGGAUCUAACCUCGAACAAAAACCAAGUGGAGGAGACAAUCCUACAGGCGCCAGCCUCGGGUCUGGCCCGUCUACAACGCUUAGGCAUUUCGGAUGCUCAGAACUGUGGCUUCAGCGUGGCGGAGGUGCUGCCCGAACUAAGGGAAUUGGUGGUGAGCUAUCACGAUAUGGAAGCGCAAGUGCUGACUGAUAUGCUGGAAAAGACACGACAACUAGCAUCGUUAUCAGAUACGAAGUUUCCGAAGCGGCUGCAACUGAUAAUGUGCAAUGUCGUCGACGUUGAAGUUGCUCUAGAGCAGAUAACUGGCUUGGAAACACGCAGUCCCCGAGAGGCGCCAAAAUUCUGUGAAGUACUAAAGAUUAUCUACAAGUGUAAAUAAGCUCUUUCGCACCAUUUAAAGAAGUACGCGUGACAUUACUUUUUAAAUGUAAAGGUUCCUUACAAAGGAAAUUCCCAUUGAGUCUAGUUUUCCAACUUUCCAUGCAAAAUCAUUGAUGUUGGAAUUAUCAUGUAAGCCGCUUUCAAAAAGAAUUGUCCCACUUAACUCUAUCCCAAAGAAAAUCCUACUUAACCAAAAAUUGUCUAAUUUUCACUAUUAAAACCAUUCAAGUUUAUGACAUGGCAUCUUUUAAAGUAAACUCUCUUUCCGAAAGGUAUUCCUCCAUCCACCAGACCUGAGUAUAGUCUAUUAACUUUCUAUUUAAAGUCAUUGGGAAUAUACUUUAUCGUUGAAUGUUAAGCCUUACUCGAAGGGAAUGCCCCAUUAAACAUUAUUAUUGAAUGCCCUUUCCCCACUUUUUUGUUCAGGUCUUAGUCUAGUCGCGUAACUUCCAGUUGUGGUUAGAAACAACAAAUCCGUAAUUGUAGGUC